AUGGCGGACGGAGGAGCAGCGAGUCAAGAUGAGAGUUCAGGACCAGAUUCUAAAAUGAGUAAUCCGUCUGAAUCGAGUAAAUGUGCAAUGGAGAGUGGCGACGGAAACACAGGUGCCCAAACAAAUGGACUGGACUUUCAGAGACAGACAGUGCAGACAACAAACGCAAUCACCAACGCACACGCACAAGCUCUGCUCCAACAGUGUAAGACGGAGGAGGUUGACGAGCCAGUGGCCUCAAGCCAGACGGGGCCGCUGCCUCAAACCCAGCUCAUGCUGGCCGGGGGACAGAUCGCUGGAUUGACCCUGACUCCGGCGCAGCAGCAGAUAUUGCUGCAGCAGGCCCAGGCUCAGUUGCUGGCGGCGGCCGUGCAGCACUCAGCCAGCCAGCAGAGCAGCACCAGCGGGGCCAACAUCUCUGCCUCCGCAGCCACACCCAUCACCCAGAUCCCCCUGUCCCAGCCCAUCCAGAUCACGCCUCAGCUGCAGCAGCUGCAGCAGCAGAACCCCAACCUGCAGCAGUUUGUGCUGGUGCAGCCGGGCCUGCCCAUCGCCACCCAGCUGCAGCCGGCGCAGUUCAUCAUCUCCCAGACGCCGCAGGGCCAGCAAAGUCUCCUGCAGGCCUCCAACCUACUAACACAACUACCUCAAAGCCAAGCCAACCUCCUGCAGACCCAACCCAGCAUCACCCUCGCCACCCAGCCCGCCACCCCGACUCGCACGAUAGCAGCUACCCCCAUCCAGCCCCUGCCCCUCACCCAGAGUACACCAAAGCGCAUGGACACACCCAGUCUGGAGGAGCCCAGUGACCUGGAGGAGCUUGAGCAGUUUGCCAAGACCUUCAAGCAGAGGAGAAUCAAACUGGGCUUCACUCAGGGGGACGUUGGCCUUGCCAUGGGAAAGCUUUAUGGCAAUGACUUCAGCCAAACCACCAUCUCUCGAUUUGAGGCCUUGAACCUGAGCUUUAAAAACAUGUGCAAGUUGAAGCCUCUGCUGGAGAAGUGGCUCAACGAUGCAGUGUGUGCAGAGAACCUGACGUCUGACCAGGCCCUGUCCAGCCCCAGCUCCCUGGGCUCCCCAGGCCUGGGCAUGGAGGGGCUGAACCGCCGGCGCAAGAAGAGGACCAGUAUCGAGACCAACAUCCGCGUGGCCUUAGAGAAGAGCUUUCUAGAGCAGAACCAAAAACCUACCUCUGAGGAGAUCACCAUGAUCGCCGACCAGCUCAACAUGGAGAAGGAGGUGAUCCGCGUGUGGUUCUGCAACCGCCGGCAGAAGGAGAAGAGGAUCAACCCCCCCAGCAGCGGCAGCAGCGGCACCACCCCCAUCAAAGCAAUCUUCUCCCCCUCCAAUCCCCUGGUGUCCAGCACGGCGAGCCUUGUGAGCAGUAACACACCGACCACACUGACUGUAAACCCAGCUUUGCCUCUCACCAGCACGAGUGUCUCUGGCCUCACCUUCACUGGUAAGAUGCCAUUCAACUUCACUGGCACAACCAUCACUGCGGCCCCUACCAACACAGCCUCUGUCAUCUCUGCUACACCAACCCUGGUCACUACAGCAGCCGCUGCCAGCUCGCCAUCACUAAGCCCGUCCCCGACCGGGGCAUCACUGCAGACGUCUGUCGGAGACUCGGGCGGCGGGCCGCAUGAGGGUUCUGGCGGGAGCGUGGUGUCCCACGUCCCGACCCCGGCCUGCACGCUGGCGUCGGCUCUGAGCUCGGGCCAGGUGAUGGUGGCGGCGCCAGGGCUCUCGGCCGCUCUGCAGGGCGCGCAACUCCCCACCAGCGCCAGUCUCGCCGCCAUGGCCGCCGCCGCAGGCCUCAACCCCGGGCUCAUGGCCUCCUCACAGUUCACUCCUGGGGGGGCCCUGUUGAGUUUGGCACCAGGUAGUUUGGGCAGCGCCCUGAGUCCUGCACUGAUGAGCAACAGCACCUUGGCCACUAUCCAAGGUGUGUGGAGCGCGUUGGCCUCUAGUGGAACUCUGCCGAUCACUUCUCUGGAUGGCAGUGGGAACCUGCUGUUUGCCAAUGCCAGCGCGGGCAGCACGCCCAACCUGGUGACGGCGCCACUCUUCCUCAAUCCGCAGAACCUGUCGCUGCUCGCCAGCAAUCCUGUCAGCCUGGUAUCUGCCGGCGGUGCCAACCUGCAGCUCACAGCCGACGCCCACCAGAGCGUGGUUACCACGGCCGCUAUGCCCGCCUCCACCAUAAGCACCGCCUCCAAGGCACAGUAAAAAGUCGUGGGGAGUUGACGGAGCCCUUGUGCUCUGCACCUUUCCUCUCCAUCACCUUCAUCAUCAUCAUCAUCAUCAUCUCUCCUCUUGCUUCCUUCCCUGUCCUCUUCUGCUUCUCUUCUGCAUCCUGAGCUGUCUCGAGAGACUCUCAUUAUUUAAUCUCUCUGCUGCCAUCCAAAAAAGACACUAAAAAAGAAAGGAUUUUUAAGAAGUGUUCUCCUAGCAUUAA